AUGCAAACAUUAAAGGUCUGCACGCUGCUGGCGCUCUGCCUCGUGCUCGUCUCGGCCAGGGGCAGCAAGCGGAGGGAUGGCAGCCUCACGAUAACCGACGAUGAGCGGCGCAACAUUGAGGACUUUCUGCUGGCCAAGCUGAAGCAGAACUGCAGGCAGGAGGACGACCGAGCCUGCAGGAUGAUCAAGAUGUCCAUUGUCAUGAAUCACCUCUACCUGAACACUCGCCUCGACCUGGGCGACCGCGUGAAGGUCACCGAGAACUGGAACAUCUCAAUGGUGCCCGAUGACCCGGAGGUCAAUCAGCUGCUGGCCCGGUCGAUGGGCUCCGACGAGGAGACCUUCGCCCUGCUGAUGGCCAACAAAAUGUGGAAGUACAUCCGCUCACGUUCGCUGCGCUACAAGUUCACGGACAAUGCCGACUUUGUGAUGAGCAGCGACCCCGAGGGCAGCCUCAACAUCGGCGUCUCCGUGCGGCCCCUGGAGGCGCUGCAGGAGGGCCGCGGCAAGAUGAAGAACAUGGGCCCCAUGCUCAUGAUGAUGGCGGCCAAGACGGGCAUGGUCGGUGCUCUGCUGCUCAAGGGCCUCUUCCUGCUGGCCGGCAAGGCUCUCAUUGUGUCCAAGAUUGCCCUGCUGCUGGCGGUCAUCAUAUCGCUGAAGAAACUGCUCUCCAGCAAGAAGACGAUUGUCGAGGUGCCCUCGCAUCACGACAGCUACAGCUCGGGCUGGGCGCGUGCCUUCGAUGGCUUCGUGGAGGGACUGGUGGAUGUGCCCGCCGACAUACUCGCCAAGGAGAUGCAGCAGCACCAGCAGGAGGCCCAGGACAUGGCCUACACUGGCCAGCAGCCAGCGGCCCAGCUGCCGCAAUAA